UGAAAACUUUCAGAAACAGGAUGCCUGCCAAUGCACAUGAAUUCCUUGUAGUUUUUCUGCUGAGAAGCAUUUGAAGAUUGUCUCUGCAGACCUGAAUUGGCCUAACCCGUGGAUGGAGAUUUCUGGAAACUCAUAGCUGGAAAUGUUCACAAUGGAGAUUCUUACCUUGACUUAGUGGAUCUUAAAUCAUCUGACUUCAGACUCUGGAGAAGUGACACUGCUGACUUCUGAGCCAUGGCAACCCCAGAUGUGAGCGUCCACAUGGAGGAGGUAGUGGUUGUGACAACUCCAGACACUGCAGUUGAUGGCAGUGGUGUAGAGGAAGUGAAGACAGUGCUUGUAACAACAAAUCUAGCUCCUCAUGGGGGUGAUUUGACAGAAGAUAACAUGGAAACAGAAAAUGCAGCAGCUGCAGCUGCUGCUGCCUUUACAGCCUCCUCACAGCUCAAGGAAGCCGUGUUAGUGAAGAUGGCUGAAGAGGGGGAGAACUUAGAGGCUGAAAUUGUGUACCCCAUCACUUGCGGAGACAGCAGAGCUAACCUCAUUUGGAGGAAGUUUGUGUGCCCUGGCAUCAAUGUGAAAUGUGUUCAGUAUGAUGAACAUGUGAUCAGCCCAAAGGAGUUUGUGCACCUGGCAGGGAAAUCUACCUUGAAGGAUUGGAAGAGAGCAAUCCGGAUGAAUGGCAUCAUGCUCAGGAAGAUCAUGGACUCUGGAGAGCUAGACUUCUACCAGCAUGACAAGGUCUGCUCUAAUACUUGUCGCAGCACGAAGAUUGACCUCUCAGGGGCCCGUGUGUCCCUGAGCAGUCCCACAUCCACAGAAUACAUCCCGCUCACACCAGCUGCAGCUGAUGUGAAUGGCUCACCUGCCACCAUCACCAUAGAGACCUGUGAGGACCCUGGUGACUGGACCACAACCAUUGGAGAUGACACAUUUGCAUUCUGGCGGGGAUUAAAGGAUGCAGGCUUACUGGAUGAAGUCAUACAGGAAUUCCAACAGGAGCUAGAGGAAACCAUGAAAGGCCUGCAGCAGCGAGUGCAGGACCCACCCCUGCAGCUCCGAGAUGCUGUCCUCCUCAACAACAUCGUGCAAAACUUUGGCAUGCUGGAUCUGGUGAAGAAGGUACUGGCCAGCCACAAGUGUCAGAUGGAUCGUUCUCGGGAACAGUAUGCACGGGACCUGGCAGCCCUGGAACAACAGUGUGAUGAACAUCGCCGCCGUGCCAAGGAGCUGAAACACAAGUCCCAGCACCUCAGCAAUGUGCUCAUGACGUUGACCCCAGUUUCCCUGCCAUCCCCUAUGAAGCGGCCCCGUCUUGCCCGGGCUACAUCUGGACCAGCUGCUAUGGCUUCCCAGGUGCUUACACAGUCUGCACAGAUUGCUCUUAGCCCAGGAAUGCCUAUGUCCCAGUUGACCAGUGUGCCACUUGGCAAAGUAGUAUCUACACUGCCUUCCACUGUCCUGGGCAAGGGUUCUCCUCAAGCUGCCCCAGCCAGUUCACCGGCCUCCCCACUGCUUGGAGGCUACACAGUUCUGGCCUCCUCUGGCUCUACCUUCCCCAACACAGUAGAGAUUCACCCGGACACAUCCAGCCUCACCGUUUUGAGCACAGCCGCCAUGCAGGACGGCAGCACAGUACUGAAGGUGGUCAGCCCCUUGCAGCUGCUCACACUGCCUGGCCUGGGACCCGCCCUACAGAAUGUGGCUCAGGCAUCACCUGCAGGCAGCACCAUUGUGACAAUGCCUACAGCAACUGCCACUGGACCAGAGGAGCACACAGCUACUAUUGAGGUGGCCGCUGUAGCAGAGGACCAUGAGCAGAAGUAGCUGGCAGGGAGGGUAAAAUCCUUCCAAGAUGGGCUGGCUGCCUCUCCUCAGGCCACUGCAGGCAGAGGCCACUACAGACACAGGCCACAGGGCUGGCUCAGCACAAGCAGGUCUGAUGGGCUGAACCAAAGAGAGGAUUGCCGGAUGAAUCAAGAGAAGAAAAGGGGGCAGAAUGUUGCCAGCAACCUGGAAUAUCUGUCUUCAACAUAUAAACUUUCUCCCCUUUUUUUGUGGGAAAUACUCUUUUCCAUCUGUUGCUUAUUAAUCCUGUUUACACAUUGGGCCUUGAGCAGGAACCAGAGGGUCACUGACCAGGAGGAGGCCUGGGUGCUUCUGGUACAGCUACAGAGCCAGCACCAGAGCCCAGCUAAUUAUAGGUCCUAGUGCCUGCACCCCCAUGGGGCUGAGCCUGCUGGGACAUUAUUGACACAUGUCUUAGGCAGCAUGCCUGAGUGUGGAAGCCAUAGAUCCUAUGGAUUUGGUCUCUUCCCACAGUUCUCUGUUGGUUCAGUAUGGCCAGUGUCCAUGUUCCUUUCACUGUUGGGAACAUGCCCUGGGGCUAAGUGCAGACCCCAGUCAGGACCCCAUCCCCACCCCACAGGCACUCAGGUGGUGAAGGGGUCUCAUGGACCUGGCAUGUUCUAGACCCCUUUGCACAUGGGCUGCAGAUGUUUUUAAGUGAAUUGCUUAGUAGCCUUCUAGGGAAAAAUCAAAUUUAUAGUGUUUUCAACCAAAACAAUGCUGAGUGCCUAGGCUCCUGAGUCAGUUCUAGGAGGGACCCAGGGCACCAAUACAUACACACCUAGCCAGGUGCUAGAGGUCUUAAGUCGUGUCAUUCCCUGAGACAAAGCUCUGGAAGAAUCUUGUGGAAGUGUGCCUGAGACUUGGAAUGGCUUAAAUGACUCCCUGUGUGCAGCUGGCUCUAGUACUCCCCUAUAGUUGCCCCCCUAAAUCUCUUCUGGAGGUGGAGCUGGACCUCUCUGGCCAAUACUCAAUGUCUCUAUCCUGAGAACUCCAGGGUAUGUAAGGCUGUUUAGAGUGGUGAGUUGGUCAGCUGGAAGACAGGAUCCAGAAUGUUCCUUGGAAGGCUGUCUUCAGGCAAUUUUUACAGGUCUAGGUUUGGGCCUGUGCUAGGGGCUACCUAGGCGAGUUUUUGGAGCCAAGCAAUUCAGGGAACAAAGUUUUGGCCUCUUGGUAAAGGAUGUCCUGGGAUAGUCCUAAGGUGCCUCUUGAAUCUCCUGUUCUGUCAAUUGAAGGCUUUCCUUUAAAGGGCCCCACAGCAGGAAAGGCCACUGUCCCAUUUCACUGCUUUGAAGGCUACCUUGUCCUUCCAUCCAUGCAUCCCCUCGAGUGCCCAGAUUGCUUUUACACCGUUGCUCUGCCCCUGCUCUCACCCCAUGUCAAGCUACUGAGGCUCUUGUUUUCCUUCUGUUCCAUCACUGUUCACUGUGGCCAUGAAUCAGCUGGGUUUAGCAGAUGUUUACCUGUUUAUGUAUAUACUCCUUUUUAAAAACUUGUUUUAUUUUUUCAUUGAGUUACAAGUCUUGUUAUAUGCAGCUGUGUGACUUUAGGGGCAUUGGGAGGACCAGCAGGGUGGGUACUUCCUUGAAGUCCCUGCUCUACAAGCUCAGACUAGAUUAAUGUCACAAAUAAAACCUUCCUGCCCUAGGAACCAAGAGUCUUUCCUUGGCACAAGCCCCAGAUGUCACUUGCUUUGGGGGAUGUGGGCCAGUUCCCUUUCUUCAUAAGAGCAAGGUUGAGACAUUUUUGGCCCUUGCCCCUUAGAGCAUGGAGGUACUGGAAGGUGAAGUUUAUUUCAGAGCCAUACAAAAAUAAUUCUCAAAUCAGCUUCAGAAUUAGUUCAUAGCACUCCUUCCCAGUGUCCUCAGAGGCUGUCUACAGCCCACCCUCCAAGGCAGCUUCUAGCAGGACAGAGAAGGACCAAUAGUCCCGUCUGCAUGGAAGCCUCAGUUCUAGGAGAGGAAGUGUUAUCACUGCCCCACCACGUGUUUGUACCUGCCUCUCUGGUUCCUACUGACUUCUAUUGCUGUGUUCCCUGCUUGUUGGGCCAUUUAGGACCCAGGAAGGAAGGUCUUCCCUCUCCACACGCAAACGCGGGUGCUUGUGGCUGCUUUCAGUUUGGUUUUCUGAAAAGAUAGGACAGGAUUUGGUUUUGCAGAGGGUGCAAGCUCCUUUCCAUGCCUGCCCAGGAGGCACGCAGAAGGGCAAGUUUGAGUUCUUUGAGUUCUACUUUGUAUGUGUUUAGCAAGUAUCUGCUUGGUACUUUGAUUUAAAAUAAAAACACUUUUAUAA